AUUUCCGAUCAAGCAGCCUGGUGGAUUUCCUUUGAAUCCGUUUUCACUGGGAGCUCUCAUAAGGUGUUCAGUUUUCCCAACGCAAAUACAUAAAAUUGUUAGUGCUCUCGUUUUUCGAAACUAUCCGUUCGUUAAAAGAAAAAAGUUCAGAAAAUUGUUGGUGCUUGCUAAAUUUUCAAUCCGUUCAAAUUGAUUGGUCCGUUCUGCCCACCAAUUCUCUGUCAUGGCGAGCGAAAAUGUCUCGGAUUGGGAUGAGCCGCUGCCCACGUCAACGGACUCGCUGCCCGAGGAGGAGGAUCCGGAUCCGUGCGCCGAGGAGAACGUAAAGCGGCGCCAGGAAGAGAACCUGGCCAAGCUGCAGUCCUAUGUGCGUCGCAUGGCCUACCAGCCGGCCAUGCCGCCCAAGGCGAAGCCCUACGAUGUGGCCCUGUCCAAGCCCAAGAUGCACACGCUCAUCGACAACUACGAACAGUUCAAGGACGUCUACGAUCCGAAGCUGCGGGCCAAGCGGAUCAAGCGCAUGCUGGGCAAGUACAAUGCCAUAACAACCGAACAGCUGGAGGAGAUCCUCAAGAGCAACAAGACGAAGGAGCGGAAGAAGGAGGACUUCCUGAAGCGCAAGCAGGAACUGUACUACAACAUGCUGACCAAGUUGGAGCGGCAGUGCCGCACACAGUACCUGAACGUGCUCAUCAAGAAGUUCGCCAAGUUCAUCGCCCAUCUGGCUACCACGAUGCGCAUCCCGCCGCAGCUGGUCGAUCCGUAUGCGCGCAUGCAGCGCGGCAUCUUCUGCAACAUCCUGCUGGCCAUCGGGGUGCAGCCCACCUCGCAGUCGGCCAUCUACUACACCAGCCAGGAUGCCAUCGAGUACGAUGUGUGCCAUCGGCUCGCCCACGCUCUGCUCAGUCUGAUCAUCAAGGCGCUGGACUCGGCCGCCACCCGGGAUCCCAACGAACUGGCCAAGCCGGCGGACAUGGACUUCGAGAUGGACAACCACAUCAAGCGGCGGCUCAUGUGCGCCGCCGAAAAGAAGCUGAUGUACGAGCGCCGCCGCAAGAAGCCGCAGCAGCCGCAGGGCCUCGGAGCGUUCGAGAAGUGCACCCGCUACGAUUGCGACUAGGAUUCGGAUGGGUUUCGGAUGGCUUCUCCAGUAUAUUUUUUGUUGUUAACCUUUGGCUAAUAUAUGUAGUUAAUCUCUACACACACACA